AGUAGAAAUUGUGAAAGGUAGAAGCAAGCAGUACUUUCCAACGCCUCAUUGGACUGACUUGACUGCAGAAGAGGGAGGAGAGGGAACCCCAAUUCUCUCUCGCUCUGUCUGUCUGUCUCUCUCUCUCUCUGAGAACGGCACAGCAGAGAGAAGUAGUGUUUGGUAUUCACAUCACAAUCAAUAUCAUAAGGAAUUUCCAAAUCAGCAAACUCUUUCCGUAAAAUCUAAACCAACACCACACUCUCUGCCGCGCCGCACCGCCGGGAACCGCCAGGUGUGAGACUUAUCUGGGGAUUCUCUUCACAAUGGAAUGAUGGUAGAAAACGCUUCCAGAGCAAACCUUAGCUACCGUCGAGAUUAUGACAUUGAGGAGGACUCCAUAGAUGGUGUGCCGUUACAAACUAACUCUGAAUACUACGACGAUGAUGGCCAUGAUAAACGAACAGGAAACGUUUGGACUACAAGCUCCCACAUAAUCACAGCUGUUGUAGGAUCUGGUGUGCUCUCCUUGGCCUGGGCAAUAGCUCAGAUGGGUUGGAUUGCUGGUCCUGCGGUGAUGCUCUUAUUCAGUGUUGUCACUUUGUACACUUCAUCAUUUCUAGCUGAUUGUUAUCGUACUGGUGACCCCAAAUUUGGGAAGAGAAAUUAUACUUUCAUGGACGCAGUUCGCACCAUACUGGGCGGGUACAGUGUUACGUUUUGUGGGAUAGUUCAGUACCUGAAUCUUUUCGGAAGCGCAGUAGGAUACACAAUUGCGGCUUCCAUUAGCAUGAUGGCAAUCAAAAGGUCUAAUUGUAUCCAUUUCUCUGAUGGAAAAAACCCAUGUCACGUUUCCAGUAACCCAUACAUGAUCAGUUUUGGCGCAAUGCAAAUUUUAUUUUCUCAAAUCCCAGAUUUUCAUAACAUGUGGUGGCUCUCAAUAGUUGCUGCGGUCAUGUCUUUCACCUAUUCCAUAAUUGGUCUCGCUCUUGCAAUUGCCAAAAUUGCAGAAACGGGUACUUUCAAGGGUAGCCUCACAGGAAUAAGCAUUGGAACUGUGACAGAGGCCCAAAAAGUAUGGGGAGUUUUCCAAGCUCUUGGUAACAUAGCCUUCGCCUAUUCGUAUUCUUUCAUUCUCCUUGAAAUUCAGGAUACCAUCAAAUCCCCGCCAUCUGAAGUAAAAACAAUGAAGAAGGCUACAAAGAUGAGUAUUGCAGUGACCACAACAUUUUAUAUGCUUUGUGGCUGCAUGGGCUAUGCUGCUUUUGGAGAUUCAGCACCUGGGAAUCUGCUCACUGGAUUUGGUUUCGAUAAACCAUUUUGGCUUAUAGAUAUUGCUAAUGCUGCCAUUGUAAUUCACCUUGUGGGGGCAUACCAAGUGUAUGCCCAACCCCUCUUUGCUUUCAUCGAGAAAGAGGCUGCAAAAAGAUGGCCCAAAAUUGACAGGGAAUUCACAAUUUCAAUUCCUGGUUUUCCACCCUACAAUCAGAACAUAUUUAACCUAGUUUGGAGGACAGUGUUUGUUAUCAUAACCACUGUUAUAUCAAUGUUGCUGCCAUUCUUCAAUGACGUUUUGGGAGUGAUUGGAGCAUUGGGGUUUUGGCCUUUAACUGUCUACUUUCCUGUGGAGAUGUAUAUCAUACAAAAAAGGAUCCCAAAAUGGAGUACGAGAUGGAUUUGUCUGGAAUUGUUGAGUGUUGUCUGCCUCAUAGUAACAAUCGUAGCUGGCCUUGGCUCAGUGGUCGGUGUCGUGCUUGAUCUCCAGAAAUAUAAACCAUUCAGCUCAUACUAUUAAACUCGACAUACAUCUAUUGUCUUGCAGGGAUGGUUGUGGUCUUGAUUGCAUCAUUAUCUUCUGAGUGGUGCUAAAUCAAAAUUACCACCAUGUUACUAGUCAUGAAGUAUUGGUACUUCAAAAUAAUUGCUGUCCGAUAUUUCUGGCAUACUUUUAGUCUACAUUAUUUAACUAUUUUUUUGUACCAACGCAAGUGGUAUAUCGUAUUAAUUGAAUAACGUGUAGUAAUUUAUUGUGGUGUACUAUGUGAAAGUUAUGUUUUUAUAUUAGUUUGAGAUUUGUAAUUUAAUGUAAAUAUUAAAUUUUAUAUUAUAUAUCUCAUUGGUUUGU